AUGUCUGGAAUAUCUGGUAUUUUCAUUCUCAAUAACAAAGGAAUAGUAAUAAUCCAACGAAUAUACCGUUCCGACCUUUCUUCAGACUCAGUCGAGACAUUCAACAAGCUUUUAAUCGAUAAACAAGAAGACUUAAUCCCUAAUCCCAUAAUAUAUGAUCCAAAAGACCACCAAACAUACAUAUUCAAGCACUAUAAUAAUAUAACAAUCCUCGCCAUAUCAAAAAAGAAUGUCAAUACAAUGAUGAUAAUAACUUUUAUAUAUUAACUAAUCGAUAUAUUCAUAUAUUAUUUCAAAUUACUUGAAGAAGAGUCUAUACGCGACAAUUUUGUAGUUAUAUACGAGCUUUUAGACGAAAUAAUGGACAAUGGAUUUCCGCAAACAACUGACUUCAAAAUUCUCGGCGAUUUCAUCAAGACUGAAUCGCAUUAAUUAUUAAAAAGUCCCAUACAUUCGAAUGACUUAAAUUUAUCAAAAAUCGCCACUUUAUCAACAUCAGCAAUAACAUGGAGAAAAGACGAUAUUAAAUAUAAGAAAAACGAAAUCUACCUAGACGUAAUCGAAAAACUAAAUAUGUUAAUAAGCAAAAACGGUAGUGUAAUUGAAGCCGAAACAAUCGGUUCUGUAAUAACCAAUUGUAUGUUAUCAGGCUUACCAGAAUGUCUUUUAUGUAUAAACGAUAAAGAAUACUUCGAAAGUAAUUCCCAUAAUUUUACUGCGAAUAUAGAAAAAACAAUUUCUUUUGACGAUCUUAAAUUUCAUUAAUGCGUUAGACUUUCAACUUUUUAAAAUGAAAGAAUAAUUUCCUUUAUACCUCCUGAUGACUUGCCCUAAAAUACUUAAGAAUCUUAAAAAAAAAAAUGUCCUGAUAAUUGUGUUGUAUUUUAUAGUGAAUGUAAUUUCUAAGGUGAAUCUUAUAAGCUAUGUUAAAGUUCUUAAAAAGAAAAAAGAGUUCUUUACAAAAGCGUUUUUGUACCUGAAAAUAUUAUUGCUAAAGUUUACUCAAAAAGCAGUUACAAAGGAGAUGUGGUAUUAUAUGACAAAUCAGUUUAAUGCGAUAAUAAUGGCAUUUUCCUUUUAUCUUAUUCUGAGAAUAAUUAAAAUAAUCAUUUGUCUGUAUAAAUCAGUCAAAGAAAAGUUUAUUUAAAAAAAUAGGAAUGA